ACCCAUUUUGAAUUUACGUGGAAAGCGUAAAUUGUAUCCCCCAAAGUGAGGAAUUACUGUAUCUCAAAAUGUCCUUAAAUUUGACUUUUCAUGAGCUCGAAUGCUCGAUCACAUACAUAGAUAGACACGCACACACAUUGCGUUCCAGUGCUCACCAAAUCUCACCUGUCCCACUAAUCCCAUCUCUCUCUCUCUCUCAUACAGACAUUCUCGUCCGAGUGAUGAAUCCAAGAAAACCAUAUCCGGCACCUUCCCUGAAAGUCAUCGUGUACGGCAUGCCCCUCAUCUUCCUCCUCCUCACCAUGGCCGCCAUGUUCAAGGACAAAUUCUACACCAACACCCUCACCGUCUACGCCGCCCGCGAGCAGCACUGCGAUGUCCCCAGCAGCGUCAUCGGCGAGCUGGAGCCGCUGAUCGCGGAGGAGCCGCUGGAGGUGUGGGAGGGCCUGGGCAAGGAGGAGAGCCACAUCAAAUACCUCCCCUCCAUGAUCGACCUCGCCGCCAAGCGCCGCUUCAUCUACAUCGACCUCGGCGCCCGCGACUAUGAGUCCAGCAUCGGCAGCUGGUUCGAGAAGCAGUACCCCAAGCAGAACAAGACGUUCCAGAUCUACGCGGUGGAGGCCGACGCCGCGUUCCACGGGCAGUACCAGUCGCGCCCGGGAGUGACGCUGCUGCCGUACGCGGCGUGGGUCAGGAACGAGACGGUGGUGUUCGGGAGCAAACCCAUCGUGGUGGGGAGCAAGGUGUGGCGGAUGCGGCCGUUUGGGCGGAUCGAGGGCCAGCAGGCGGCCGAGGACGGGAUGUCGGCUGUGGUGCGGGUGCCGGCCUUCGACUUCGUGGACUGGCUGCGGCGGACGGUGGCGCCGGAGGACUUCGUGGUGGUGAAGAUGGACGUGGAGGGGACGGAGAUCGCGCUGAUUAGAGAUUUGCUGCGGCGCGACGCCAUGUGCUUGAUCGACGAGCUCUUCAUGGAGUGCCACUUUGAUCGCUACGUUAAGUGCUGCUCCGGCGAGAGAAUUAAUAGGUUUAAUUUCUCGUAUUCUCAGUGUUACGAUUUGUUCAAGGAGCUCAGGGACAUGGGCUCUGUCGUGCAUCAGUGGUGGUGAGAAUCAAUUAUCUCACUUUUUUCCAAUUCUACCUCAAUUUUCAAUUUUUAUUCGUCUUACUGUUUUAUCACAGGAUUUAGAGUAAUUGCAAUAAUUUAGUUACUUCAUACUAGUAUUUACUUCGUGCAUUCUUCUCUCUCUAUAUAUAAUAAUGUGUUUGAAUUGGUUGA